AAAGUUAUGGAUUGAAAACUUUCUACUUUCUAGAGAGAGGAUCUGCAGUGCAGAGUAUAGAGAGAGAAGGACCACGUAAACGAAUACAGUCCAUCUCUCUCUCCUUGCAAUGUCCGGCGAGGCUUCUUCUUCUGGGGUUUAAUCUUGAAGGCAUUGAUGAUGUUCAAGAUUUUCCAUGGGCGAAUUCAGGAGAGACGCCAUCUAUAUCGUGGGACAGGUACAAUCAUCUACGUGAGACUGUGGAGAUGGGUAACAAAGCAUAUCGUGAGAACAGAUGGGACGAGGCUAUCAAUCGUUACACAAGGGCUAGCAACAUUAAGCCGGAUGAUCCUUUUAUUCUUAGCAACAGAUGUGCUUCAUACCUCAGGUAUAGCCAGUUUCUGAAAAGUAGAUCUGCAUCAGAUUCAGAAUUCAGGCCAUUGAGUGGGUUGGAUCCUACAAUAUAUGCUGGGCUUGCACUAAAGGAUGCUGAGAAGGUGAUGCAGCUGCAGAACAAUUCAGUUACAUCAUAUAUUCUGAAGGCAAACUCACUCAUUUUGUUAGAAAAAUAUGAGCUCGCCCAAGAGAUAAUCCGUUCAGGACUUCAAAUGAAUCCUCUAAGCAAUCCCCUUCUAAAUUUGGAGAAAUCGAUCAAAACUACACUUGGAAGGAGAAGCCACGGGAGACCACAUCGCAGUGAUGAAUUUGACUGUACCCUGUGCUUAAAGCUAUUAUAUGAACCUAUAACAACUCCAUGUGGACAUUCUUUUUGCCGUGCAUGCCUUUUCCAGUCAAUGGACCGAUAUAACAAAUGUCCAUUGUGCCGAACAGUUCUUUUCAUUAGUCCCAGAACGUGUGCAAUCAGUGUAACGUUGAAAAACAUAAUAGAAAAAACUUUUCCUGAGGAAUAUGCUGAAAGGAAGGCUGAGAAUGACAGUUUGAUAAACCCCGGUGUUGACUUGCUGCCUCUUUUCGUCAUGGACGUUAUUCUACCAUGCGAGAAGCUCGCACUCAACAUUUUUGAACCUCGUUACAGACUUAUGAUCAGGAGGAUAAUGGAAGGAAAUCGCCGAAUGGGAAUGGCUGUUCAUGAUUCUACGACAGGUUCGGUAGCUGAUUAUGCUUGUGAAGUGGAGAUUAUAGAAUGUGAGCCACUUCCAGAUGGGCGUUUCUUUCUGGAGGUUGAAAGUCGACGUAGAUGCCGCAUCGUACGACAUUGGGAUCAAGAUGGGUAUCGUGUUGCUGAGGUUGAAUGGAUACAUGAUAUAUGCCUAGCCGAAGGAACAAGAGAGAGGCAUGAAUUACUGGAGACGGCAAAUAAGGCGGCGGCAUUUGCUCAACAAUGGUUGAGGAACGCACAACAAGUAGCAGGAGAUCGUAGACGUGCAGAACUCUUCAAAGCUGAAGGAUUGAUGCCAUCACCACAGGAUCCUGAGCACUUAAGUUUUUGGCUUAACACUCUGACCAGUCGUAGACCAACAGAGAAAUUAGACCUGCUUCAGAUAAGAGAUACACCUGAGAGGAUAAGGAGAGGUCUGCUAUACAUGAAACAAGAAGAACAAGGUUGCCGGCUGCAAUAAUAUUUAUUGAACAUGUAAUUAGUUCCUUUUACAUGACAGCAGGAGAAGGCUGCCAACUGCUAUAAUUUAUGGUCAAUCUGUAAUUAGUUCCAUUGUUUGUAUUAUUAUCAUUAUUGGUUUUUCUGUAAAGCUCAUUUUGAUUUCAAUAUUUUUUAACUUUCACAUAUCCAGUACUGGUGGAUCCUCAACCCAAUUUUUCUCCUUGAUAGAGAUUUAUUGUUGAAUUCAACUUUUUCUCUAUUGUAAAAGCCUGCACUGUUAUUUAACUAGGCUGUUCUUUUGUUGUAAACAGUGGGUGGGUCUACCCAGGAAUACAUACAGUUAAACCAAAA